CCGUAACAACCACUCGAGCCUUCGCCGCGCCCCUCGGCCCUCCCGCCCCGGCCCCCGUCCCCGGAACCGGCGGUCGAGCGGCGGCAGCCGAGCCUGAGGCACGGCUCUCUCCCCGUGGAGCCGCCGGCAUGAACGCAUCCCGCCGCCCCGCGUCCCCGACCCGGUCCUUCUGACAAGAGGAGUAAGAAGAUUGCUAUUGAAUUACAACCAUGGUGCAAAAAUACCAGUCCCCAGUGCGGGUGUAUAAACAUCCCUUUGAGUUAAUUAUGGCUGCCUAUGAAAGGAGGUUCCCUACAUGUCCUUUGAUUCCAAUGUUCGUGGACAGUGACACCGUGAGCGAAUUUAAGAGUGAGGAUGGGGCUAUUCAUGUCAUCGAGAGGCGCUGCAAGCUGGACAUAGACGCUCCCCGGCUGUUGAAGAAGAUUGCGGGAGUCGACUACGUUUAUUUUGUCCAGAAAAACUCCCUGAAUUCUCGAGAGCGCACUUUGCACAUCGAGGCGCACAACGAGACGUUUUCUAACCGCGUCAUCAUCCGCGAACAUUGCUGCUACACAGUUCACCCUGAGAAUGAGGACUGGACCUGUUUCGAACAGUCUGCAAGUUUAGAUAUCAAAUCAUUCUUCGGUUUUGAAAGUACAGUGGAAAAAAUUGCCAUGAAACAUUAUACAAGCAACAUUAAAAAAGGGAAAGAAAUCAUUGAAUACUACCUGCGGCAGCUGGAGGAGGAAGGCAUCACCUUCGUGCCCCGCUGGACCCCGCCAUGUCCGGGACCCUCGUCAGAAGCAUCAUCGACAAGCAAGAAUCAAGCCACAUCUGCAGCUGUUCUUGUUCCGGACACUGCUGCUGCCAAGGAGGGCCUGAGUGGGGAGAGCCUCAGUGGCCCCGGCACAGCGUCUGAGCCCGUGGUGGGAACCCCUGACGACAAGCUAGAUGCUGACUACAUCAAGAGAUACUUGGGUGACCUGACUCCCCUCCAGGAGAGCUGCCUCAUCAGACUGCGCCAGUGGCUCCAGGAAACACACAAGGGCAAAAUCCCGAAGGACGAGCAUAUUCUGCGGUUUCUGCGUGCCCGAGAUUUUAAUAUCGACAAGGCCAGAGAGAUCAUGUGCCAGUCUCUAACUUGGCGGAAACAGCACCAGGUGGAUUACAUCCUAGACACCUGGACUCCGCCCCAGGUCCUUCAGGAUUACUACGCUGGAGGCUGGCAUCACCAUGACAAAGAUGGGCGGCCGCUGUACGUGCUCCGGCUAGGCCAGAUGGACACCAAAGGCCUGGUGCGAGCCCUGGGAGAGGAAGCCCUGCUGCGAUAUGUUCUUUCCAUAAAUGAAGAAGGCCUGAGGCGUUGCGAAGAGAAUACCAAAGUUUUCGGCCGGCCCAUCAGCUCGUGGACCUGCCUGGUGGACCUGGAAGGGCUAAACAUGCGCCACCUGUGGAGACCUGGGGUCAAGGCGCUGCUUCGGAUCAUUGAGGUCGUGGAGGCCAACUACCCGGAGACGCUGGGCCGCCUCCUCAUCCUGCGGGCCCCCAGGGUCUUCCCCGUCCUCUGGACACUGGUUAGUCCAUUUAUUGAUGACAACACCAGAAGGAAAUUCCUCAUUUAUGCAGGAAAUGACUACCAGGGCCCUGGAGGCCUGCUGGACUACAUCGAUAAAGAGAUCAUUCCAGAUUUCCUGAGCGGGGAGUGCAUGUGUGACGUGCCGGAGGGCGGACUGGUCCCCAAAUCUCUGUACAGGACUGCAGAGGAGCUGGAAAAUGAGGACCUGAAGCUCUGGACGGAGACCAUCUACCAGUCGGCCAGCGUGUUCAAAGGAGCUCCACAUGAGAUUCUCAUUCAGAUUGUGGACGCUGCCUCAGUGAUCACUUGGGAUUUUGAUGUGUGCAAAGGGGACAUCGUCUUUAAUAUUUAUCACUCCAAGAGGUCUCCCCAGCCACCCAAAAAGGACUCACUGGGGGCCCACAGCAUCACCUCUCCAGGGGGGAACAAUGUGCAGCUCAUAGACAAAGCCUGGCAGCUGGGCCGGGACUACAGCAUGGUGGAGUCACCCCUCAUCUGCAAGGAAGGAGAGAGUGUGCAGGGCUCCCAUGUGACCAGGUGGCCAGGCUUCUACAUCCUGCAGUGGAAAUUCCACAGCAUGCCAGCGUGUGCCGCCACCAACCUGCCCCGAGUGGACGACGUGCUGGCCUCCCUGCAGGUGUCCUCCCACAAGUGCAAAGUGAUGUACUACACAGAGGUCAUCGGCUCCGAGGACUUCAGAGGCUCCAUGACCAGCCUGGAGUCCAGCCACAGCGGGUUCUCCCAGCUCAGUGCCGCCACCACCUCUUCCAGCCAGUCGCACUCCAGCUCCAUGAUUUCCAGUGAAUGACUUGUGUGACAUCUGCAGAGACGAGCCGCCUCCUCCACGGAACUGAAGCUGCCGCAGCAGCACUCACGCUGCACCAGAGUCCUCUCCGCUCCCUGUUAGUGGAGGCGGCCUGUGGAUUCAGGACAGCCCUUGGGGUCCCUUUCCUCAGAGGACUUGGCAGCCUGCAGGAGCACCCAGCCCUGGGGCUGAGCCAGCCCACUCCUGAGCAGGCACCCACAGCCCAGGAGGGGCUGUCAGGGCCCCUCCGACUCCCAACAACAUCGCCAUCAUUAAACAUUGCUUUCUCUUUCCUCCUCUUCAAAUCUUUUGAUAUUUUUCAGAGCAAAAUUUUUCUGUCCGUGAACUUGGGGAGGGGAGCAAUCUUUCCCUCUGCUGAAUGCUGUUUUUCCUUCGGCAGGUGGGCAGUUCUCUGCCCUCUAGCACCCAAGGUCCUUAGCCAACAGCACCCAGGGUCCUCAGCACUCCAAUACCCAGGGUCUUCAGCCUUCAGCACCCAGGGUCCUAAGUCCCCCUAGUACCCAGGGUCCUCAGUCCUCCUAGCUCCCAGGGUCCUUGGCCCUCCUAUCUCCCAGGGUCCUCAGUCCUCCUAGCUCCCAGGGUCCUCAGCCCUCCUAGCUCCCAGGGUCCUCAGCCCUCCUAGCUCCCAGGGUCCUCAGCCCUCCUAGCUCCCAGGGUCCUCAGCCCUCAGCACUUAAUGUCCUCAGUCCUCAGCACCCAGGGUCCUCAGCUCUCAGCCGGGUGUUUGGAAGCAGUAGGUCACACUUCUGGAGGUGUGACAGUGCAGACCCCAGCAAUGCUGUCCAGGGUGGCGCAUGGCUUGUAGUGACCUGGGGUGUGUCAGUGGAUGCUGUGGGUAUGUGUGCAGGUGCUGUGUGUGUGCAUGAGGGGGCGGGCUGCUUCUGGGGAUAGACCAGCAGAGCUUCACAUGGUCUGCAAGCAUUUCAUAGAAGCAGACCAGACGCUGGGAUGGUGUGUCUUUUUUUUUUUUUUUUUUUUUCUUUCUUUGUGAUCCCGACUUCCCAAAGCCUGCUGUCUGAGCAGGGUCUGCUUGACUGCUUACGUGGGGAAAGCAUGUUUCUUACGAAGCUGUUUGGAAGUUGCAAGUGGCUGAUCUCCAGAGAACGGCAUGGGAUCUGUUUGUGUGUGUAUUAAAAGUGUCCAAAGAUGUGUGCCAGACCCACAUGGCCAUGAGCAUGUGAGACAGGUGUGGAAUCAUGUGUUAAUGCCGCUUUGAGGUGUUGGGUAGCUGGCAGUGUGACGUGCGCUAUGUCAGCAAGCAUGAGGAGAGACUCCACAGCAGCCUGGCGUGGCCAGUGAAGCCCCCUGGCUCCCGGCGCCCUGAGCCAUGCAUUUCCUGUGCGUGGGAGCUGUUUCUAGACAGCACAGCAGGGCAUCAUGCUGCUUCCAGUCAGGGCUUCCCAGCUCCAAGCUAAAGGACCUGAAGAUGCCCCUGCUCUUUCUCUCUCCUCUUCCCCUCUCUCCCCCUCUCCCUCUCUCUGUGUCCCAGAUGGCGAUUUUGCUGACAGCCUCCAAGAAUACGCCUCACUCGACAGCCCACAUGUGCCCGAGGUGUCUGUCUGAGUCGCAGCCUGUCCCAGGCUGAAGAUCUGUUCCCCUUAAGCCCAUUGAGAAGUGGCCCUGCUCAGCCCCUGAGAGCUGAGCGCAUCUUUAAGAGCCUAAAGCACACGCACACUCACGGGCCUUCAGCUCCCCGAGCCAUAGGGCACUGGCUGCCUGGGAGGGGUGACGAG